AUGAUAAUUGCUGGUUGUUUGGUCCCCAGCGAUGAAGCUGAAGGUUUCAAGUAUUUCUUCAGAGUUUCAAAGAAGACUUUUGGAUACAUCUGUUCUCUUGUAAGAGAAGAUCUUAUAUCGAGGCCACCAUUGGGGCUCAUCAACAUUGAGGGAAGGCUUCUUAGCGUUGAAAAACAGGUUGCGAUUGCCUUGAGAAGGUUGGCAUCUGGUGAGUCCCAAGUGUUAGUUGGGGCUGCAUUUGGGGUUGGCCAGUCCACGGUUUCUCAGGUGACAUGGAGAUUUAUUGAAGCACUGGAAGAACGUGCCAAGCAUCAUCUGAAGUGGCCUGAUUCCAAGAGAGUGGAGGAAAUCAAGUCCAAAUUUGAAGCAUCCUUUGGGCUGCUGAAUUGUUGUGGAGCCAUUGAUGCAACGCACAUCAUCAUGACCCUUCCAGCUGUACAAACGUCAGAUGAUUGGUGUGACCCAGAGAAUAAUUACAGCAUGCUCUUGCAGGGAAUUGUCGAUCAUGAAAUGAGAUUCCUUGAUAUUGUUACAGGUUGGCCGGGGGGAAUGACGGUUUCUAGGCUAUUGAAGUGUACUGGAUUCUUCAAACUCUGUGAGGGAGGAGAGCGUUUGAAUGGAAAUGUAAGAACUUUAUCUGGAGGAGAGGAAAUUAGAGAAUUUAUAGUUGGCGGGGGUGGGUACCCUCUUCUUCCUUGGCUCUUAACUCCUUACGAAACUGACGGUCACUCAGCAUCCAUGUCCACUUUCAAUGCCAUGCACCAGGCUGCAAGGUUGCUUGCAGUGAGAGCAUGCAAGAGAGCAUUCUCACAGGUAAAGGGUAGUUGGAGAAUUCUUAAUAAGGUAAUAUGGAGACCUGAUAAGCGAAAAUUGCCAAGCAUUAUCUUGGUAUGUUGUUUACUGCACAAUAUUAUAAUCGACUGUGGAGAUAAUUUACUUCAAGAUGUAGCUUUGUCUGGUCAUCAUGACUCGGGAUAUGGAGAACAGUUCUGUAAGCAAGCUGAUCCAUUGGGAAGGACACUGAGGGAAAAGCUGGCCAAAUACUUCCACCAUGGCAAAGAGAUAGCUCCAUCAAAGUAAUCUGUUUCCGUUCUUUGCACAGUACUAGUUCAACCUCCGGAAUCUGGUUUCUUGUAAAGCUUCAUUUUGCUAUGGGAGCAAAGACUAAGAUGUAAACCAUUUUGUUCUUGAAGUGCCAUUUGGUUUUCUAAACAUAAAUUAUAUUAUGUUUUCCCAUCUUUUUUGGGAAAAUGUCGGGAUCACAGAUUCUUUGCAUCUUAGAGGAUCAGUUUCGUAUGGUGUGGAUUUAAUCUCAUUCGAACAACUACUGUAAUAAAGUAUCGAGGUUUCGUAUGAUCAAUUUAAAUCAUUUGAGAAUCA